AUGGCCAAACGCGCUCCGGGAGCUCCAGAAUCUGAUCCACGGUCGAAGAAGGCCAAGGGCAAGGCAAAACCUCCGGCUCAAGUACAAGGGAACGCUCCAGCCGUCGGGCUCGCCGCGCCGGGGGCCACAUGCAUCAACGCAGAGUUUCAUCACAUGCUGAGCCAAUGCGAGCAGAAGAUCUUGAACCACCAGGUGUUCCAUGAUGUCUGCAACGGAGAUCCCACUGGCGACUGCGGGACCCCCGCCUACGACGAGGGCGAGGCGGGUCGGCGGCUGCAGGCAGGACAGGACUAUGUGGCGAGUUGCCCCUUAUUCUGGCUCAACCUCCGCUACGAGCUCCAGCCGAACGUUCCGAAGUGCCGCCAACGCAUCGAGAACUUGAAAGCCCACUUCUUCGGUAAGCCUGGGCCGAUGCCUGGGAACGGGAUAACAGUAAGCCACGUCAUGGGCGAGGAUCUACCCCAUAAGCGCAAAGGUCAACUACGAGCUGUGUGUUCUCCAGAACUUCGUGACGCCCUACGCAUGGCCAUCGCGGAGGACGUGGACACGGGGGACGAAGAUAAGCUGAACGCCUGGGCCAAGAUUCUCAUGUCCAUACCUUUUCGCUUCAAGGUCGUUCAGGAGGGGCACUACUUGAGCACGCUCUUCGAGGGCGUGGUGCAGCAGCGCGAGGACAUCGGCGUACUGCACGACAACACCAGGAUGUCGGCCUUGCUUCGUUCAUACGAAAUCGUUGACCUCAAGACCCAGCUCGAGGUUACUGAAGGCACUCAGAAUAAGCACAAACUCGCGGACUACUACAAGAAGAUCAAGUACUCCCCGACGUCCGAGGCCGUGUCGAUAACUUUCGUUGAGGCGACUCUCACGUUGCACAACAACGUGCUGUGCGUCCCAGAGGUGAGAGAUGUCUGUUUCAAGUUCGACGGCAUCGGCAUCAAGAACCCCAUGGACAGCGUGCACAAAUACCGCCAGAUCGCAAUGGGCUGCGACAACAAGAAGGACCUCAUGGUCUGGAGCUUCAACAUGACGUGGGACUGGUGGAACCGCACCGAUGGGAACGACUCGAUAUCAAUCCGUAGCUUACGAGGGGACGCCGCCGGCUGGGGCGGGGUGUCGCUGGUGAAGUUGUUCAUCAAUAAGCUGACGCUUGGCAACGCGCUCUGGAAGAAGAUGGACGAGUUCAAUUGGGACGUCAACGUGAAGGAGAGCAUGAAAGAUCUGACGAAGGACGUAGAGAGCUGCCGCUUGAAGCUAGGGUACCACGACGACCCCGACAAGGUUCCAGUCAAAGAUUUAGCGGAUCGGAGUUUGUGGCCAGAGAGCGCCGACAAGUUUUUGCUGCUGUUCGAGGUGCUCGUCUAUGGCUACAGCUUGGACGUCAUCAUGAUCAAGGCCAUGCAGCAGAAGAAGGGCGUUGACGAGUUCUUGGAAUUCCCCGAGGUUUCGAGCUACCUGCGGGCCGUCCAGGCCGCGUGCGCCAGGGGGACCAGGAAGACGUCAGAUGCCAUGAGCGACGGGGAGGGCGAGGUCGGAGCUUCAGCACCCAGCGCCGUCGCUGCAACUGCGCUCGCCGAGAACCAGUCGGUAGUUCAGAAGAUCCUCUCUUCAGCAAGCACGGACCCUUCCAAUGUGACCGAUGACGUGCUGCAAGAGGCCAAGAACUACUCCAAGAGCGCGGACCGCGACGUGAAGAGCGUUGUGAAGCUCGUGUCGGCCGCCACGUCCAUGGAUGAGCUGAAGGCGGCAAUCCAGAAGACGUCGGCUUGCAAGGUGGUUGGCUCGAACAAGAAGCACGUCGCCAUCGUCCUCGAUGCGAAGACUCUGUGCGAAGCUGGCUCGCAGGCAAAGUGGCGCUCGCCUCCGACAAGGCCAGUUCAGCUAUCAAAGCUCCUCGGCGCUGUCCUCGCCGCGCGGGGCCACGACGGCCAGCUCCACGAGAACGACGUCCUCAUCGGGAUCGAUGGCGACAAGAACGACUUCGAGGAGAAGGUGGUCAAGGCUUUGGCGCCGCUAAAGCUCGACAACACGAAGCUACUCACCAUCUACACGCAAGACUCGGUAGAGAAACGCUUGGAUCGCCCGGGGGGCUCCAACACGCUCACGCUCACGGAGACGGUCCACCUGAUGACCACCACGAAGUUCCAGUACAAGGUGCAGCCUCGCAAACUCCUGACGGGCCAGACUACGCGAGCAAACGCCCUCGGGCCCCUGGCGCACGCCAACCUCGCGGACAAGACCGUCACCUGGACGAUCACGUGGGCAGAGAAGAAAGAGUUGCUAAGCGUGGACAACAUGCCCUUGCCGGGGGGCAGGUGCGAGGGGUCAGAUGCGGCAUCAGCAGCGUCUGAGAAGACGGAAAAGGUGAAGCCGACUGAUUUGGUUCCUGCUUUCUAUCACGAGUCGCCCCCGUCGCUCUCGGUGGAGCUGGCGCACCUCGUGCAGGCCGUUGCCAUAAUAGACUUGACUCCUGGAUCCGGCCAUUGGGCCAUGCAUGCCGUUCGGCAUCGCAUUCCUUAUUGCGGGGUGUGUUUCACGGAGAAACACGUGGCGACGUUGUACGAGAAGUUGAUCAGCCGCUCGCUCGACGCGAAGCUUGACGCCAACGACAAGGACAUGUACGACGCCUCCCUCGCGAGCAUCGUGACGAAACACACCAAGGAGGGCAACGCGCCGAAGAAGAUUUCGGAGACCACGGACCUCCCGAACACGCCAGCGACCAAGCCGACUCCGACGCCGAAGCCACCCGGCGGCGGCGCCAGCAGGGAUGCGCUCUUGCAGAAGAUCGCUGCCCUGAAGGAGCAGCAGCAGGCGCAGCCCGCUGAUGCUGACGUGGAUGAGUGA